GAAUUGAAGUUUGGAGCGCUAGUUGCAAUAUGUGUGCUACACGAUCUGCUGUUCGUGAAUCUGAUUCAGACUCGAGGGAUUUCAGAAUUUUCAGUGUCAAGAGACUUUCAUACUUUAAGAUACCAUCGGAAUUUAGAGAGGGUAGAUGUCGUAGUGUUGCUGAAUUUGAAAAGCUAAACCGCAUAGGUGAAGGGACAUAUGGUAUUGUCUACCGUGCUCGUGAUACUGUAUCAAAAGAGGUUGUGGCUCUGAAGAAAGUCCGAAUGGAAAAUGUUCGAGAUGGUAUCCCUAUUAGCAGUUUGCGUGAAAUCACUUUGUUGCUAAGUAUAAAGCACCCGAAUGUUGUUCACUUGAGAGAAGUCGUUGUUGGGAGGAGCUUAGAUAGUAUCUUCCUUGUUAUGGAGUAUUGUGAACAGGAUAUGGCAAGUUUACUUGAUAACAUGCCUAAUCCUUUCACCGAGUCUCAGGUUAAAUGCAUCAUGCUUCAGAUUUUCAAAGGUCUGAGAUAUCUUCAUGAAAACUUUAUAAUCCACAGGGACUUAAAAGUCUCCAACCUGUUAAUGAAUGACAAGGGUCUUGUCAAAAUAGCGGACUUUGGACUGUCACGCCCUACUCAUUCCCAUAAUCCCAUGACUCCAUGCGUUGUUACAUUAUGGUACCGAGCACCGGAAAUUUUACUUGGCGAUAAAAACCAGACUAAAGCUGUUGAUAUAUGGUCAGCUGGCUGUAUUAUGGGUGAGCUUUUAUUACACAAACCACUUCUUCCUGGGAAGACAGAGGUUCACCAAUUGGAGUUAAUUAUUGAUUUACUGGGCACUCCGAAUGAUCAAAUUUGGCCGAAUCUUUCCAAAUUACCAGCAUUAGAAAAGAUAAAUCUGAAAAAGCAACCAAUCUCUUGUUACGUUUUAUUUGUCUUACUUCAUUUUGUGUGAGCUUCCUGGUCGUGGCACCGUUACGUCUAUAAAUUCCACUAAUCAUAAUCUAGUUUUAAGGUGAUUUGAUGGUAAUUGAUAGGUUUAAAUAUUCAUUUAAUAAUCCAAUUUAUUUAUCAUAUUCUUAUGAGAGUUUUCAUUUUAGUAAACAACUGGCAUUGAGCUACAACACUUGAUUUAUGGUCCUAGUGACGUUUGCUAAAAGCCCUGUAUAACUAAAGAUCAACUAUCUCUGAUGUCCUCAUUCCUAAUUCUUAGAGUAGAAAAUCAUAGAACUAAAAUAGAUAUUUCGGCUAAGAUUUUUUCUACGAUAAGAUACCAAAGAAAAGAGAUCUGAGAAAAUGUGAAAACUACAGAGGCAUCACACUAAUAUCUGAACCAGGAAACGUUUACAGCAUAGUACUGCUGAACCGAAUGAAGGAUUCGGUGGAUACUCAACUUCGAGAUCAACAGUCCGGAUUACGUAAGAAUCUGUUGUGUAUCGACCAAGUUGCAACACUACGAAUCACCGUUGAACAACCAAUUGAAUGGAACUCGUCACUAUAAAUCAACUUCCUUUACUAUGAAAAGGUGUUUAACAGUGUGGAACCUUAUGGGACUUCCUUCAACAUUAUGGUGUGAGUAGUUGAGAAGAUCAACAACAUACAGAAUUCAUAAGACGGACUACAUUACAAAGUCCCUUUCUCUUCCUUCUGGUAGUUGACUGGAUUAUGAAGACCUCGACAUCUGAGGGAAGCACAGAAUACAAUGGACAGCUUGGAUGCGACUAGACGAUUUGAACUUCUCAAAUGACCUGGUCCUUCUAUCCCAUACACACGAACAAAUGCAGGUCAAGACAACCAGUGUAUCAGCAGCCUCUGCAUCAGUGAGCCUCAACACAUACUAGAGAAAAGGCGAGAUCCUCGAUUACAUUACGGAGACUAAAACGGAAUACAUGUUUUAUUAAGAACCAGAGAGGAUGUAUACAUACAAAUCCCAAUCAACAUAUCAUUCUGGGUUUAUGUUAUGGCCUAUCCACUCACAAAGUUGUUUAAUAUAUUUUCUGUCUCAUUGAUUUCCUUUUGUUAUUGCGUAGUAUGUUAACCUAGAUCGAUGAGUGUUGGCGAUAGGUUUUCCUGUUAUUUAUCUGUUUGUUCGCUGCCAAGUCUUUUAAUAGAUCACUAGUCUCGUCAUUCGGUGUUACACCUCACUAGUAGUGAUUAACGUUUAUUAUUAAUUCAUUCGUAAGCUGUAAUAUUAUUGACAUCAUAUUUUCAACAGUUCACAUCAAGUGUGCUUCACAACCCAAACACAAGACUACACAGUAUUUAGGUAGAAUUAAAUAAAUGAAAAUCGUAUUUUGCUUCAUUCUUCUGUUAUCAAUCUAUAACUCAUUUAACUUACUAUUCUUUUGAUUUGUACGCAAAUUAUUUUCAAAGUUUUAUUUACGUAAUUUUUUCAUUCGUGUUUUCCAGGUACAAUAAUUUGCGUCAUACUUUCCCAUGGUUAUCAGAUGCUGGUUUGCGUUUACUAAACUUUCUGUUCAUGUAUGACCCGUCUAAACGGGCUCGGGCUCGUGAGUGCUGUCAGAGUUCUUAUUUCCGUGAACAUCCUUUACCAUGCGAACCUGAUAUGAUGCCAUCUUUUCCUCAACAUCGAUUGAAGCGUAAGAAUUCUCCUGGUGAAUAUGAUAACAAAGGUGUUAAUCCAGCCCAAGAUCAAGCUGCUGGAUUAUUUGAUGCUGCCUUCGAUAGGAUUGUGAAGAAACGUCGAGCUUAAACAGAACCAACACUAUAAAUUAAAAAAAAAUUUAUUUAUAUAAUACAUUUGUGCAUUUCUAAUUUCUUGGUGUUUUUAUUUUGUCCUCUUUAGUCAUUCAUAACUGUCAAUAU